CCGCGCAUGCGCCGAACACAUAAACUAAAGCCUAUAGUCACGUCACGUUUUGAUGUCACCGGAGUCGAAUUUUCGUUACUCUCGGCCAGGAACUGUACCAGACCAAUCUCCAACACUGGGAUUCCUAGAACUCCUUGGCAGCCUAGUAGAUUAAUGCAACAUGGCUGAUGAACGCAAGCGUGGAUUGCUGAAAUACACAGUAACAGAGGUAGAGACUGAGGAUGAGCCUUCAGUGAAGAAGAGAAGGGGAAGGGAAACCACCAAGAAACAAGGAGAUGAAGGAGAGCAGAAAACAACUAAGACAGUGGUUGGAAAGAAAGAGGAAGAGCCAAUAGAAAUAGAGGAUGAGUCAGGGGAGAAGGAUGAGGAGGAAACACCACUACUACCAGUUAAAAAAAAGUGGAGAAGAGUGACAGGAAGAGCCACCAAGUCUAAGAAAGAGAUGGUGGAAGAGCUCAGAAAAGAUCAUGAAAUGCAGGAGGAGGAAGGCAUACCAUCAUCAAGUGAGCAAGAAAGAAAGAAGACAAGGAGAUGUGUAAAGCCUGUAUUUAAGCUAGAGGAAGAGGAGAUAGAAAUGGAGGAUGAAUCAGAGAGAGAAGGGGAGGAGGAGAAUGCUUCUCCACCAGUCAGAAAGGAGAAAAGAGGGACAAGAGGAACCACUAAAUUUAAGAAGGUGGAGAAAGAGGAAGCAAUGACUACUACCUUCAGGGCAAAGAAAGGAAGAGGAGCACCAAAAAAGGAAAGAGUUGUACAAAAAGGAAAUAAGGCAGCUAUUAAAAAGAAAAGGGAACCAGAUGUAAAGGCAAAAGAAGAGACUCCACCUGCUUCUGGCAAGAGAGGCAAGAAGAAAAAAGAAGCAACUCCAGCACUGAUGCAAGUGCAGGAGGAAGAACUAGAUUUAGAUUUGAAGGAGCAGAAGGAAGAGGAUGUGGCAGCACCACCCAUAAAGAGAGAACCUCAGACAACCUCAAAGACAAAGGGAAAUAAAGGUAAACCAGUUAAACCAGAGGAAGAGGAAGAUAUAACUCCCAUCAUGACAAAGAAGAGUGGAAGAGGGACAGCAAAAAGAGAACCUCAGACAACCUCAAAGACAAAGGGAAAUAAAGGUAAACUAGUUAAACCAGAGGAAGAAGAUAUAACUCCCAUCAUGACAAAGAAGAGUGGAAGAGGCACAGCAAAAAAAGAAGGAAGGGGAGGAAGCAAACCAGUUGUUUUAAAAAGGAGAGGAAAAAAAUCGGCUGUGAAAGCAGAGGAUAAAGAGGAAACUUCACCUCCUCCUAGGAGGAAGAAGAAAGAAAAUAAAGUAACUGCCAUGGAACAGGAAUUUGGUGAGAAGGCAGCACCAACCACAAGCAAAAAAGGAAAGAAACCUGUCAAGGCAUCAAAGGCAAAUGAGGAUGUGGAACUUGGGAUAUAUGAGUCCCCAGUAUCUAACUGCAUGACACAAGAGAAAAGGAAGGUUACCAGCACUGCCAAGACCUUAGGGAAGAAGAAUGCCAAAACCAGAGUUACUAAGAAGAAUGAAGAGGCUAAGACAGUUACAACUAAAGAAAAUACUGACACAAGUAACUUGCCUGCAGAAUCUGGCAAAUAGCCAUGAGUGGUUGUGGGUACACUAUAUGUAUACUGAAAGUACAUCACUGAAAAUGGAAAAAUGGCUGGUAUAUAGAUAUUAACAAGGUCUUAAUAAAGGAAUCAGUAGUUUAUGACACUUAUGUUUAAUUUUGUUCUUGGUUUUGGUCUUGUUUCUGUUACUGAAUUAUGAAUUUUAAGGUAACAAUUCAGGUUGAUAAUUUAGACUGAUUAUUCAAUUAGUUGUUUUAAGCCUGCCAUAUAGAUGGAUAUUCAGUCCGGUAGUACUGUUUUUUAUUUGGUUCUCAUAAUGCAGGGACACAUUUUUCAUAUAUGAUUUAUUCAUCUAUGUUUAUGCCAAACUAGGAUUGCCUCUAAAGAGGGAUGACCAAGAUAUGAGGAGUAGGUUCUCACUCCUUUUGCUUCAUCCCUUUCAGUCAUAUUUUAUGAUGUGCUGGAAAUGUAAUGGCUUUCUUUCCAGUCUGGUUGCAAUGUGCAGCAAGAGUGUGACCUUGUACCACAGAGGGCAAUCAAAAAACUUGAGUCACGUAAACAGUGAAUGACCUGUAUUAAUUUUAAUUUACAUCUAAUUUUUUUAUAUAUAAACAAGUGAUAAAAGUUCUUGAUUAAUAUGUAUGAUUUUUUAUACAAGAGGGAGUCAUAAAUUUCAUAUAUUCAGGAGAGUAUGGGAUGAGAAUAAGGAUGAGGAUAAUCUUUUUUUUAUUUGAUUCUUCGGAAUGUUUUUCAUGAAGCUGAUAUGAAGUUCUUAUUUUUCGAUAUUUGUUUAUAUAUAACCUGCAGCAAUGUGAAUGAUUUAAUGGUUCAGUAUAUUAAAAAUAGUAUCUACAGUAUAUUUAUAAAAAAGUUAUUUUCCAUCUUUACUUAUUAUUAUUAUUAUUAUUUUAUUUAUUUUUAUUUAUUCUUUUUUUAUUUUUUUCCACUUGAAGUUUUACAUCAGAAAAUCUGAAAUUUGUCCCUUAGGAAGAUUAAGAUGCAAUCCCAUGUGAGGGGAAAGAAUGUUACUUGUUACUAAAAAUUGUAAUCAGUGACUGAUGUGAUGUAAGAGAAUGUAUUUUAAACUCCUUUUUUUCAAAACAGUAUUUGAAUUUUGAAGUGCUUUUUAUAACAGUAAUUUUACAUGAGUUCAGAUUAUAUUGUGAAGAAAAAUAAAGGUAUUUAUAAA